AUGCGGGACGCCCAGGUUGCGUGCCGGCAGCUUGGCUGCGGCUCGCCGCUUGGUGUGAUGCACUAUUUCCCUUCGAGCGACGCGUACCCGUACAUGAUGACGGAGGUGAACUGUGUGGGCUCUGAAGACUAUCUGUGGUAUUGCCCUUACAAGGAAGAUUACUCUGCCUGUUAUCACGGGGACGCUUCUGUCAUAUGCUCAGGGGACAGCUCCUGUGGUGGCUUGCUUCAGGGUUUAUCCAGCUCAGUCCAGAGCCCAGGCUACCCGGACACCUACCCCAACAGCGCCCGCUGCGUGUGGCACAUACGGCUGCAGGAGCUGGAUCACAGAGUCGAGCUCCAGUUUUUGGAUGUCGAGCUGGAAGGCAGCAGCUGCCAGUUCGAUGCCAUUGAGGUGUACGACGGCGGGUCCCCUGGGAGCCCACUCCUCGGGGCCGUUUGCAGGAAUGACCAUCGCAUCUUCAAGUCAUCCGGACACCAGCUGACCAUCUUGUUUCGCAGUGAUGGCAGCGUCACCCAGAGAGGUUUCCAGGCCUACUACUACUCAUUUCCUGCCUCCCACAGCACCACAGAAGAUUAUCCUUGUGGCGGCUUGCUUUCCUCUCCAUCUGGUACAUUUCAGAGUCCAUUUUAUCCCAGAAAUUAUCCAAAUAAUGCCAACUGUGUUUGGGAAAUAGAAGUAAAGAGCAACUUUCAUGUCACACUCACAUUUAGAGAUGUUCAGAUGGAAGGUGGCAGAUGUCUGUCUGACUAUGUGGAAGUCUAUGAUGGGCCACUUCAUACUUCUCCUCUCCUUGGGAAAUUUUGUUCUGGUUAUUUUCGCACAUACACAUCUUCCUCAAACCUGCUGACUGUCCGAUUUUACAGUAACUCUCGAUACACAUACAGAGGGUUUCUGGCUGACUAUUAUUCCAUUCCAGCAAAUCAGAGUACUACACUUCUGUGUUUGCAAGAUUACAUGCAUGUCGUUGUGAGCAGAUACUACCUCCGGUCACAAGGCUACUCUGCCUGGAAUCUCACCUUGAAUGACCCCUAUUGCAAACCCAACAUUACAUCAGAGUAUGUUAUAUUCAACAUACCAUACACUCGCUGCGGCACAGUGAGAGAGGGAAACAACAAUACAAUAAUAUAUUCCAACAUUAUUAGAGGAUCUUCUUCUGGUACUAUAAUCACAAGAAAUAAAAGUCUUCACUUGCAUGUCAACUGCAAAAUGCUCCAGAACACAUGGGCACAAACAAUGUAUGUUGCAGAAGAUAAUUUUGAAGUCAGCGAAACUCAGUAUGGCAGAUAUGACGUAAACCUUACAUUUUAUCAUUCUUCAUCCUUCUUAUGGCCAGUGUAUGACUCACCAUACUAUGUUGAUAUCAACCAGAAUUUGUUCCUUGAAGCUUACUUGCACAGCUCUGAUCCAAACCUGGUGCUAUUUGUGGACACAUGUGUGGCAUCUCCCACUCCCCACAAUUUUACUACCGUAACCUACGAUAUAAUCAGGAACGGGUGUGUUCGAGAUUCUACCUAUGCUACCUAUUAUUCACCCUACAGACAUGUGGUCCGGUUUAAAUUCAACGUCUUCCAGUUUAUUCAUAAGAAUCCGUUGGUUUACCUGCAGUGUGAACUAGUGGUGUGCAGGGUCUAUGACUAUUCUUCCAGAUGCUACCAAGGUUGUGUUACUAGGUCCAAGAGAGAAGCAAGCUCUGGCCAAGAAAGUGUGACUGCUGUUGCUGGCCCAAUACAGCUUCAGGAAGCUGGUGCUGAGAAUAUGAAUUCACAUGAUUUUAAAUAA